AAAAUUAAUAUAUAUUACCUAAAUUUUUAAGAGUUUUUUUCUAAUAAGCUCAGAAAAAGUAUAGAGUCCCGUGCAAAAUUUGAGGUCUUUGACCUCUUGAAGUUUAUGGUUUUUCAAUGAAAUCGUGAAGAUUAAUCAGCGGUUUUUGAGCACGCGCACAUCGUAGGCUCGAAUUCAACGUUCAAAAUUAGUCAGCCACCUUAAUUCAUUAAUUCUUUUAUACAUUCAUUAUUCAUUUCCUUACAUGAUGAUUYAUUCAUUCAUUUAUUUWAUUUUCUGCUUAUGUGAGGCUUACGUGAGAAUUCUUGCAAUUUAACUAAAUAAAGAACUGUUAACUUUGGGUUGCCUGUCUAAUAUGUAGCGCGCGCAACACURUUAACCAGCGGCUUCCCAAACAACUAGCGCGCGCUUUGAUUGACGUCAUAAAGGAUGUCAAUCCCUUGUCAUAUAUUCAACAUUUGAACUUUUGCGCUUGUUUAUGCUACUCGUAUCAAUUGUGAAUUAAAGAAAUUACAUCAAUAAUUAUGGACUCAACCAUGACAGGUAACAAAAAACUGACUUUAAGAAUGGGCGAUUUAUUUUUGAAUUUGCUUUAGCGUCUUUUGAUCGUUUUUUAUAACCCUUUUCAUAGUUUUUCGCUCGCCUUUAAAAAGCAUUCUCGAAGUUUCUUCACUGUUAAAAAAUUGUGUAGUUAAGUAAUAUGGUUAAGGUAUUACUUUCACUGAGAUACUAAAGCAUAUAGAAAAAUUCCCUAUUUGUAUUGAAUAAAAAGAGGUUGCUAAAAUGAUUUAUUUUCGGGACUGWUUGCGUUUUCAUUUAUAGAUGGUUUGGCGUUUGUGGAAAUGGAGCACAGGGUGAAAGAGUUAGAGGAACAUAUUUUUCUCAUGAAGAGAAACUCAUUGGAGGCCGUGGCUUUCCUAAAAAACCAGCUUUUUGAGUGUCUUGACACUAAGAAAAUUCUUGAGGAAGAAAUCAACAGUAUAAUCGACAAACACCCUAUCUCUCCUCCCACCAAGUAUCUUGUUUCCUGCUUGAAGGAAGUUGACGAUACCAGUUCGAAACGGAAUUCCUUGAAUGAAGAAAACGAGCUUUUGAAAAUCCAGAUUCAAAGGCUGAAGGAAGACAAUAUAAGAAAAGAUCAGAGAAUUCAGGAGAUGCAAGAGCAAGUCAAGCAUUGUCAGGAGCUGCUUUCAGAAAAAGCCCAGAAACAAGAAAGAAAGGAAAUGCUGAUUGAGGAUCUUAAAAGUAAUGCUACUGAGCAGAAAUCCACUGAUAUCAUGGAAACGCAAGCCAUUUUCAUCAAGAAAAGGAACAUCUUCACAAGAGGAGCCCACAGGGUCUCUAAAAGAUGCCGUCAGGCCUUGGCUUAUUGUCGUUUCAUCGUUCAUUCGGCUUAGAUCUCACAAUCAAGCUACUCAGUCAAUUUGGAUAUUGAUAAUGUGACUCCAACAGUUCUUCAAUGACAGUGUUACAUAACCUAAUAUUUAUAAACUCCUUACAAAGAUUGAAGAAAUUAAACGGGGGGUCCCCUAGGGAUCGCAUGUUUUCCUUCAUCUCUAAUGUGACAUUCCAACAACUUGUUGUUAGCAUCCGGGAUAUUUCGUACUACCAUAGCCCACCCCUUCCCCCUCGGGAUCACUAAUGCUACAUCUGUAUAAGCUACUCAAAAUGUAAUUUUGAUGUUAUAGGAUAUAAAUAAACACCGAGUAAAAUCGGUUUUUUCAACAACAACAAAAAAA